AUGUUGACCAGAUAUGCAAUAAAGCAAACUGGUCGCUUGGACCGAGACCAGCCAUUCAGCUUCCAAUUGGGCGUGGGACAAGUCAUCAAAGGAUGGGACCAAGGUUUACUCGACAUGUGCGUAGGCGAAAAGCGUAAACUCGUCAUCCCACCCAGCCUGGGCUACGGCGACCGUGGAGCAGGAAACGUAAUUCCAGGUGGCGCCACCUUGGUCUUCGAAGUCGAACUCAUAAACAUUGGUGACUCUCCACCAACCACCAAUGUUUUCAAAGAAAUCGAUGCCGAUAAGGAUAACAUGCUAAGUAGAGAAGAAGUAAGCGAAUACCUUAAAAAACAAAUGGUAGAUGCUGAUGGACAGGCCCAAAGCGAGGAAGUAAAAAACAUGUUAGCCGAUCAUGAUAAACUUGUGGAGGAAAUAUUCCAACACGAAGACAAAGACAAGAACGGCUACAUUUCCCAUGAUGAGUUCUCUGGACCCAAACAUGACGAAUUAUAA